GAUAUUUCUGCAUCUUGAAGAUGAAGUAAAAAUCUUUGAAAUAGAUGGAUCUUAGUUACUUUCUAUGAGCUAAAGCGAUUCAAUGUCUCUCUUGGAUUGCUUCUGUACUUCACGAACACAAGUUGAGUCCCUCAGACCUGAGCAACAGUCUGAAAGCAGUGUUCAGCCAUGUGUGGCUGAUGAGCCCACCCUUCCCUGGUCACCCCCACCUCGAGCCAGUGAGGUGAUGCGCUCCACCGAUGUUUCUAACUAUGAACUGCAAGUGGAAAUAGGAAGAGGUUUUGACAACCUGACCUCUGUCCAUCUUGCGCGGCAUAUUCCUACAGGAACACUGGUGACUAUAAAAAUUACUAAUCUGGAGAACCUCACAGAAGAGCGCCUGAAAGCUUUACAGAGAGCAGUGAUUCUAUCCCACUUUUUCCGGCACCCCAAUAUUACAACUUACUGGACAGUUUUCACUGUUGGCAGCUGGCUUUGGGUUAUUUCUCCAUUUAUGGCCUAUGGUUCAGCAAGCGAGCUCUUGAGGACACACUUUCCGGAAGGGAUGAGUGAAACUCUAAUACGAAACAUUCUCUUUGGAGCAGUGCAAGGGCUGAGCUAUCUGCACCGGAAUGGCUGCAUUCAUCGGAGUUUUAAAGCCAGCCAUAUCCUCCUCUCUGGUGAUGGCCUGGUGACCCUCUCUGGCCUGUCCCAUCUGCAUAGUCUGGUUAAGCAUGGACAGAGGCAUAGGGCUGUGUUUGAGUUCCCACAGUUCAGCACUUCAGUGCAGCCGUGGCUGAGUCCAGAACUGCUGAGACAGGAUUUACAUGGAUAUAACGUGAAGUCGGAUAUUUAUAGUGUUGGGAUUACAGCAUGUGAAUUAGCCAGUGGGCAGGUACCUUUUCAGGACAUUCAUAGAACUCAGAUGCUGUUACAGAAGCUGAAAGGUCCUCCGUAUAGCCCAGGGGAUCUUAGUAUUUUCCCUCAGUCAGACUCCAGAAUGAAGACUUCCCGGUCAGGCAUGGACUCAGGGAUUGGAGGAAGUGUGCUGGUCUCCAGUGCAGCUCACACCAUCAACAGUGACCGACUGCACACGCCACCCUCAAAAACCUUCUCUCCCGCCUUCUUCAGCUUGGUGCAGCUCUGUCUGCAGCAAGAUCCUGAGAAGAGACCAUCUGCAAGCAGUUUAUUGUCCCAUGUAUUCUUCAAGCAGAUGAAGGAAGAAAGUCAGGACUCGAUCCUUUUGCAGUUGCCUCCUGCCUGUAACAAGCCAUCAGCAGCACUGCCGCCAGUGUUUAGGACAGAGCCCGAGUGUGAUUUUCCUGAGGAGCAAGGCCCAGCCUGGGAAUUCUAGGGCUGCCAUAUCAUUUCAUGUCCUGUAUACUUGACACUUUCUUCUCGCUGCUUUUUCUCUUGUAUUUCUAGGUAUAAAUACCAGAAUUAUACUUGAAAACACAGUUGGUGCACUGGAGAAGCUGUUCUUAAAACCACUCUGCUCACGGGGGCAUUGACUCACAGCCCUCUGCUUAGACAGUGCUCUCACAACUCCAGGGAAAUACCAGCAUUACCAGUCUAGCUACAGUUAAUUGGUGUCAUCUCUUCUUGAACUUAUUCCAAGCUGUGACUACUUUUCUUAGCAUAAUUUUUGAGCCAGUUAAUUUUUCGAUGUUCUGCUGUCUUCUUGGAAUGAAUGAUUUCUCUGAGGACAGUUCUUUCAAGGAUAUAAGCAUCUUCCAGAGUCUCAGGCCUUUGUGAUCAACUGCUGUUAGACCAGCAGCUUGCUGAUCCUGGCACCAAACCCCUUUUUGGAGAAAGGAAAAUGUUUUUAUUCCCAUUUUUCUUCUGUUAAUGUGGAUAUUAACAUCAAACUGAGCCUCACAUUAAAUGAUUCACUUGAAAUACAUAGAGAAGAUACCAUUUUUUUAAAGGGGGGGGCAAGCCAAUAAUUUUCUAUGUAAAUUAUUGAUCCUAAAUUCACAUGCCCCUGUAGAUGCUCAAUAAAGACCUACUGAAUGAGUU